AGAGCCUCAGUUUGUUUCGGGCUCUCGUGCUAAGCGGUACAACACGCUAUCGAUGCGAUAUCAUCGACAAAUUGUGUUUCGCCACAAAAGCAAAGUUAACGACGAAUCGCAAACGAAUUACAACGGAUUGUGUUUUGAUUCUCGAGUGGAUACAAUGCAAAUAACUAGCGAUUCAUCCCCCCAUAUUUAGUGUUACUUAACUGAGACGCCAAAUGAGUGUAUAACAAGUAAAACAAAAAGCGUUUGGCAAAAACAAAAAGAAAACAUUUGCAACAAAAACUGCAGCAGCAAUUUACACAAGUAGUGAGUGGUGAAAAGGAAAGGUGAACAAAAACUCACCAAUUUGAACAAAAAAGUAAUUCAAGCAAAUCAUAAAAAUAUGUAAAACAAAGUAAGAAAUCGAAAACCUUUCACUGACACCCAGAAAGCAAAAAUACACACAUAUGUACAAACAUAUGUACGUGUUUAAAAAUAGACAAAAUUCAAAGCGACGAAAUAAAAAUAAAAAACAACCAAAACAUAUAACAAAUAUUGGCAUACACAUAUGCACGUAUUUGUAUAAGCAACAACAACAAACAGCCCCGUGAUCCAGGUGCAGUGACGUUAGCAGAAAUCAUACAAGUACGCAUACAUACACAGGCGAAAAGUGCGCUUUCAUUGCAACGCAGCGCUUGUGAUCUAUUUACCGUUGAUUAUUUUCCAAAUUCAUGCCACAUUUUCGGCUGAAUACCGCCUAUCUGGCAGUGCUACCCAUUGCUACGCCUGCGCAUGUGUGCUAAUGUGCCUGCCUACCCCACUAAGCAAAGCCGGACCGCAUUUGUGCUGACGCGAGUGUGAAGCGUGAUUUAUUGAGCGAACGUAAAGCGCAAGGCGCAAGUGAGAAAAGUAAAACGUGAACCCAAUUUAUAAAUAACAACAACAAUAAAACACCCUCCCUCAAUCGGCUAGUGAGCGCGUGGUCGUGGUGAAUCGAUGAGUUUCGCAUGCGCCUGCGAAUUACCAACCUAAAUCGAUAUUUGAAUGUCCGAGUGUGUGCGCGAAAUGUAGCAAACUUUUCUUUUUAACGCGAGCGUGAAAACGAGUACCCAGACACAGCGUGCUGGACUAAGUGAAUCGGGACUACAACGCGGUCGGUCAGUUAGUUGUUGUCACUCUCAAUAGAGCUGCCACAUACAAGUACAUAUAUACAUACAAACGAGAGUAUAGCGUAUGCAGAGUUAUUAAAGCGCGUUUAGUGACCGGCAAAGUACCCAACUAACCUAGAUUCAAAUUUAGACACAGACAUAGCCGCAGCCACAGCCUCCGACAUUAUGGCUGUGCACAGCGCGUAGAAACAGGCUAACUAAAAUAAAGCAAACGCGAAACGCGCCUGCGCAGUAGACAAGAAUCUGCCAGCCAGCUUUGUGGAGGCAUAGGUGCUAAUACACGCCGCUAUUGCGAAUAACUGCGAGCCCCAACAAAUGUACCAGGCGCAAGGCGAAUGCAGCCAUAGUAAAUUUGAAAAUCAACUGGCCAAAAGGUGCUGAAUUGACGACACGGACGACGGUGAGUGGUGUGGAGCUGAAAGUGCGGUGGCAAACAAGUUUAGUGCCACUAAAAGUGCAGCUACGACAACGGACCACAAACAAAAAGUGACCUACAAAUACAGGUUUUCAUUUGGUUAUUGUGACGACCGACAACAACGGUCUGAACUAGAGCCGCAGCCAGAACAACAGCAGCCAACAUAAACAACAAACGAUCUACACAGACUAGCGAUAAAACAUAGCUACUAGCCAUACUAGUACAGAGUGGACUUGGACGCAGUAAGAGAGGCGACGGCGCAGACGACAGACGACGAGUGAAUCGCGUGUGCGCACCUAGGCGAAACCAGCUAUGGCAACCACAACCACACCAACAACAACAAUAAUGUCUACAACGGUGCCGGCAAUGCCGUUGAAAAAAGCUGGACCGCCCGUCCCACCGAGGCCAUCGCAUGCAAACGCGCACGCAGCGGGUUUAUUGAAAACACAACGCAAUGGAGAAUCAGUUAUGAAUGCUGCGACAGCGACAGCACAGAAUCGUAAAGCGACAACACCAACAAAUACAAUAACAGGCCCAUCAAUGGCAUCACCAACAGCGACCAGUUCGGCUACAACUUUGUCUUUGAGUGGUCGCGUGAGUGUUGGCAAUGUGAGCACAGCUGAGGCGACGCAACGCAAUUUACAACAUCCGAUUAUACAGAAGAAACCAACAUUGAGCUCAGUUGGAGCCGGAGCUGGCGGUCGUACGGUUAUUUAUAAGUCGCCCUCGAUGAGUGCACCCAAACGUCCGGAAGCACUAUCGCCCACAGCAAUCAAUAAUACCACUACCAACCGGCUUGGUCCAAAGCCGCCUUUAAAGCUACGUAAAGCACCCGAUAUACCAACAAUGAAACCGAACGCCACAGUCCCGGUGCAAAAUGAAGCUACAGCUUCAGUGCCAAAAGAUGGUAUUGCCACCAAAGUGCCUGUUAAUAUUGUGACCGGUAAAAGUCCAGCCCCACUGCCAGCUGCCACAGUGAGUGCAACCGAUAUGAGUAAUGUCAGUGGUGAUGUCGUUAUCGUCCAAACGUCGGCCAGCGCCGUCAAUCUCAGUCGUCAUCACUCCAUGGGUAGUGGCUCACCAAAAUCGCAAUCACAAACGAGCAGCCUUAAGGAUACACGUCUCAGCUUAGGCCGUGCUGAUUUCGAGCGCGUUGGCAAGAUACAGCUCGAUCAGUUGCCGACAUCGGUGCAACCCUUACCGCGUCCGCGUAAAAUUGUUAAGGUGCCUGUCGCCACGCUUGACUUGGAGGACACUUCCAUCAACAAUGGUUCACAAUCGAAUUCGUCCGGUGUGAAUAUUUUUCGUCGCUCGAAAACUACACUUGAUAACUUUACAUCACGUGCCAAUAUCACAACAAUCAAUACCGGAGCCAAUGCUUUUCUGGGCGGUAAGACAGCUGAGCUGAAAAACAAUCUGAAGAAUGCGGCCGAACGUUUAUUUUCGGAAAUAAUAGUUAACCAACAGCGUCACGGCAACGAAUCGCCUGUAAUAACAAAACAUGAGCCUGCUCUGCAACAUCACGCUACACCUCAUACCGCCACCGCUGGUGGUACCUCAGUCACCGUGGUUACAACCGGUGAGCUGGUCAAUAAUUGCACUCGUAUAAAUAUCAAUACGAAUACGAGUACUGAGGGCAUGGCUGGAAAUAUGGAAAAUAUCCUGAAAUCAACGGAGAAAAAGACAGCUUUCCAUGAGAUACUUAUAUCCGAAUUGGCAGCAAUGCGUGACAGAAGCAGCUCCAUGGAGAACUUGACCAGCGCAGGAACACCUAUACUCAUUAAGAAAGAACAAACGCCACUAAGCAGUCCAGUAUCGGAGCCGAUCACCAAGUUAACAACCAUAAACGCAAAUGAAGCGGCAACACCAACAAAAGCAACAACAAAAGUAUCAUUAAGCAGCAACACUUUAAGCCACAACAACAUCGAUAUCGCUAACAACAAAACACGUCAGCGCUGUAAUUCCAUUGAAGAUGCGGAUCCCGACACCGAAGAUGUCGAUGCUGAUAACGUAGAAGACACCGAAGAUGGUGAGGAAGAUGAUAUGCAAAAGAAUAAUCGUAACAAUAAAUUGAACGGUGUUGGCACACCGAGAAAACGUUGCCCUUCAGGCUGUUCGUCAGACUCAUCGCCUUAUGGCACUGAACGUUCGGCGCGCAUACGCACUUCCGAUUGGAUUGAGGUAGGCGAUAAUGGCAAAGAGGUCACUAUGACCAGCUGUCACAUAAGUUUGGAGGAUUCGGGUUUGGAGGAUGAAGAGCGUUUAGAUGAAAUGUCAUCGCUCGGCGUUGGAGAUUCUUGGGAUAGUGUAAAGGAGGCAGAAAAUGUCAAACGGUGCCGCACUGUUAAGAGAAUUUUGUCUAUCACCGAUCUGCCACCUUUGCCAAAAAGUCUUAGUGGUAUCAAUAAAAUGCUCGGCUCCGAUUCGGGUUUGAUCAGCGACGAUGCCGGUGUCAAUAUGGAAAACCAAAACAACAAUCACAACAACAUUAGCGCCGGUAGUGCGCAAAGUUUGAGCAACAGCAAUCUGGACAAUAGCGUAGAAUACCAAAACGGCGAUAAUAAUAAUAACAGCAACAACAACAGCAACAGUACUACGAAUAGCGUUAAUAAUAUUGGCAAAAAUGAAUUGAACACAGCGAAAUUGUUGGAAAGUAACGAAAUGGACGUGAGCAACAAGUCAAAGACAUCGAAUGCCGCACCACUACCAACCACAACAACAGCAGCGAUAGCAACAACAAAUGUGAAAGAAGCAACCACAACGGCAGCGUCAGCCGCAGCGGCGACGCCCGCGAAAUCAGGCGUCAGCUCGAACGCCGCUGGCGCUGGCGGUGCGGUGGCGAGCGUGACAGGAAGCACACUGGAUACGCAAUUAGCCAUUUUGAGAAAAGAAAUGUACGGUCUACGCCAGCUGGAUCUCUCGCUGCUCUCCCAAUUGUGGGCGCUUAAUGACUCGAUACAGGAAUUCCGUACGAUGUUGGAAUCACAAGAACUCGAACCAGACUCCUACUCACCGCACUCGCCGACGCCCUCCUCCUACGAUUCAGCCUCGAGUGAUGCUGAAGAUGAUGUCAACACGAAUAACAUUAAAAAGCAUAAAUCAGCCGAUUUGAGUAAGCCAAAAAUUAUUACAACCCAACCAAAAUUAACGCAACGAUCCAAUUCGACGACGGAGCGCACCAGCAAUGGCAAUGCAACAGCGCCGCAGAGGCCAACACCACCUAAACCGCUCGAUAUGCGACCAGUGCCGCGCAUGCGCAGCGCACCGCCACCACCGCCCGCUAAUCGCAAGUCGGCAGCACCGCCACGCCCCACAUGAUGCUAUCUAACGGACUUCCUCGCCAGCAUGAAGAUGGUCAUGUGCAAAGCGAUUGUGAGCAACAACGGCGGCGGCUGCAGCGACGCGAUUAUGACGGCGAAACGCUGAGUGAACGGAGGCAUGAGAGGAGCAAGCGCUGUCGCUGUUGUAGGCGAGGAAUUUCGACUGAAGUUUAAGCUAAUCUAAGCUUAGCAAUUAGAAAAACCGGUAGUUCUGAUUACCUGCUGUGCAUAAAAAAAAACAACAACAAAAACUGCAAAAAGUAGCCUUGAAAUUAAAUUUGCUUAACUUUCUUAAAUUAAGCUCGAAUUUGUAGACACAUAAAAUAAUGAAAGUAACUGAAGUGAUGGUGGAAUCCAGCAUUAAGAAACAAUAUAUAUAAAAUAAAGAGAAGAAAGGUUUGGAAGUAGCAUAGUUAGGAAUUAUAUAUAGUAUGUAUAUGAGUAAUUUGUAACUUGCUGCAUUGGGGGUCGGCAGGCUUGCAGCGCACCGGCUGUCCAUCAAUUAGGCUUAUUUGUGUAGGUGCAUACAUACAUACAAUCUUCGAACGUUUGUAUGUGCUCUUACAUAUUAUGUAAUAAUAUAGGACGAAGAAAAGAAUUUUAGACAUAACGCAUACAUACAUACAAACACACAUGCAUAGGUUAUUAUUAAUUCGGCUGUACUUUCGCUUUGGCAUUUCUGAAAAUCUCAUAAAAUAUACACACUUUUGUAAUAAAUAUUUAAACAUCUAUGUAUGUAUGUAUUUCUCGAUAGCUCCAACUGGGCAUUUCAUUUAUACGAUUUGUUGUAGUAAUUCAAUUUCCAGGCGGCGAAGUUGUUAGCUAAAGGAAAUUUUAUUGUAUUUCUAACUGUAUAUACACACAUACAUGCGUUUAAUAUAUAAAAUAAAAAAUGUAAAAUACUAUAUAUACCCAAUCACAUGCAUGCAUAUAUAUAUACUUAUAUGCAUGUACAUAUAUGUGUAUAUAGGCGUGUAUACAUUUGAAUGAUGCUUGAGUUUUGCGUACUAAUGCUAACUGCUAAUAAUGAUUACUUUAAUUGAAUGCUAUUGUAAAUAUGAAAAAUUUUAAAUAUAUAAAUAAAUAAAACCAGAAAUUUAA